CCCUCCUAAAGUGAAUCGCUAAAACCCUCAUCCACCAUUCCCAUACUCCAGCGCCCAAUUCUGUACUCUAUCUCUCAAAAAUGUUCUUCUUAACUGAAAUUGAGCACAGAUUAAGAUUGCCCCCAAAAUUACUUGAUCGUCCAUUAGAAGAUGCUAUCAAGGGUGAACUUGAAUCUAUCUUCUUGGACAAGGUGAUUGCGAAAACAGGUUUGUGUGUAUCAAUGUACGAUAUCAAAUCAAUUGAUGGCGGCUUUGUAUUACCUGUUGAAGGUGCUCCCACUUAUACGGUGGUUUUUCGUAUGGUCAUGUUCCGGCCAUAUGUUGGAGAAAUUAUUGCUGCAAAACUAAAGAAUUCUAACAAAAAGGGAUUACAAUUGUCUCUUGGGUUUUUUGACGACAUAUACAUUCCUGCCUUUGCUCUGCCAGACCCGUCACAUAUCGAGCCCCAUGAUGAUGAUCCCAAGCAAGUGAAAUGGGUGUGGACUUACAAUGAUCUUGAAUUAUCCUAUGAUGACGAAAAUGUGAUACGGUUUCAAGUUACUAGUGUUGACUACCCUCCAAUCCCUUUAGAACAAGAAGAAGGUUCAAAGCCUUUUGCUCCAAUGGUUGUCACUGGAUUACUUAACUCUGAUGGUUUAGGCCCCAUUUCAUGGUGGGUAUAAUUCCCGAUUACUGAAACUGAUCAUCACAGCAAGAACCAGGCUUAAAAGUUGACAUAAUAACCAGGCCUGAUCAUCGAAGUCAUUCUAACAAUCAAGUCGCAACAAAGCUGCUGAACUUGGUUCCCUGGUGCAAUGUCCAGCUUGGUUACUCACUAGCCUUCUUUGACACAUGAUGAAUAUACUCCUUGUAACUUCUAGUGCAAUGCAAGAGAAAUGAAAGACAACUUUGUAUAAUAUUUUUUCAGGGAAGCCCAUUUGUCCAAGGCCAUGAUUCUUGAUCCAAUUUUGCCCCAGCCACCAAUCAUGACUGUAACCUUUUUUUUAAUUUCAUCUACCAAUACAAUAUAGAUAUGGUGUGUAUAGUACUCCGAUUUUCUUAAAAGCCUAAUGCUUUAGAUUUCUUAUUAAUUUUGUGAAUAAAUGAUGUGAUCAUUUUCCAAUUUUA